AGCUGCUCAUGCGCAGAAGCCAUAGAAACAAUCGUGUUUAUUUCCGCUAAGCGGAAUUUCAUGCAUAUUUUAUGUUAUGGCUCGAAUUUAACGCCUAGGCUGGCCAUUUACACGCAAUAUCUGCAUAGGGAAUAACUUCUAUUAGGAGAGAACAAAGAUGAGUGACAAGGAGUGUGAAGAUGGAAGGGAUAAGGAGGAAGAGGAAGAAGAUGAAGAGCCAUUGAAGUAUGCUCCCGCCAUCAGCGCUCUUCCCCCACGGGUCAUUCAGCAGGAGGAGAGUCAGGUGGAGGUGUCUGCUAGCCCCGCCUUUCAGUGUCUGGAGGAGCUUUUCCAAGAGGGGAAACUGACAGGAACUAAAGUGGCUCUUUUGAAGUCAAAGUAUACAGAAUUACAUGAUACACUAAAAAGAACAAGAGAAAAUGAAACAAGUUUAUUGAAAAAGGCCAAAGAGUUUACAGUGACUCUUGAGAAACAGAGGAGUGAACUAGAAAAGGGAGACAACUUCCCUGCGGGCUCUAAUGCUAAUGAAGUGACAAAACUCAGAGAGCAAUACCUCAAGUUCAGGAAUGAGACAGAAAAGGCUGAGGAUAGGAAAUACCAGGUGGAAUAUAGGCUGGAAAUUCUCACUGAAGAGAAGAAGAUCAUGGAAAGAGAAUAUGCCAGGAUGCCCAAGCAAGGGGAAAUAGAAAAGAAGAUCAAGGAGCUACAGGCCGCUUGCGAGGAGAUGAAGAAGGAGAUCAACAACCGUCAGCUGGAGUCGAAGACUCUGAAGGAGGAUGUAGAGAACACGAAGCGAGAGAACCUCCUCGAGGCGAAGGAGGUAGAGAAGUCUCAGGACGAGAUGGAGAAACUUAAGGCUGAGCUAGUUCAAGUCAACACACUUCCAAACCAACUGGCCAAAGAGGCAGACAAACUAGCCCGGCAGAAAAAUGAGAUAGACAACAGAAUUCGAGCCAUGGACUCCGAGUACCAGGAGGCGUUAGAGAUGGUCCAGACAUUGGAGAAGAAGCAUAACGAGAUGGACGAGGAGCGUUACGAGAUCACCAACGAGCUGAAGAAGCAGCAGGACUUGCUGACUCAGCGAGAACGCGAGCUCGCCGAGCUGAUGAAGGAUUAUGAGUAUGCCAAGGAUAAGGAGGCUGUGCUGAAUGCUGACAGAGCUACCUUGGACAUGAAUUUGAGACACAUACAACUGGAGAAGAAAAAUACCCAUGAUGUGUUAUCACGUAAAACUCGUGAAAAAGAGAGGGACUUACGAGCCCUGAAAAAACUAGAGCUUCAGAUGAGAGUGGCAGAGGAAAAUCUCGCUCACACAAAAACAAUCCAUGAAAAAGUGUUAUCACAAGUGGGAGGAAUGCCUAAAGAUGAUGGCAGUUUGCAGAAAAAGAAAGACGAUUUAGCCAAAGAAGUGGAACAAACCAAGAGGGCAUUAGCCACACAGAACAAUUUGACAGCUGUAGAACACGUGAAGCUAGAGAAGAGUGCGGCAGAUGAACAGAAUCUGCUGUACGAACAGAGUGACCUCCGCAUAGAAGUGGUGGAGCUCACUCGGCUCGCUGCCAUUAAGGCUGAUGAAAGAGAACAGAAGGCUCGAGAUUUCAUGAGGGCAGAGAUGAGGUACCACAAAGCCCGGGAGGAUAAGAAGACCAAGGAAUUACAGAUAGUGGACCACAAGAAGAAAUACCAGGAAAUGAUGAUCAAAUUAAAAGACUUUGCCAAGCUGUAUGAUGUUAUUAAGAACGAGAGGAACAAGUGUGUGAACCUGAUCCAGACCAGCACUCAGAAGGCUGCCGAGAUGAAGGAGAAGAUCAAGAUCCUGCAGAAUGAGAUCGAGAUUCUACGCACUGAAGUCAGCAAGAAAGACAAAGAACUUCAGAAGCGGCGGCUGAAACACAUGCACAGCAUCGUAAUGAGGGACGGUCUCCGUAAUGAGGUCGCCAAGCAGAACGCGAUCUACGCCGAGAUGAAGUCGACCGUGGAGCAGCAGAAGAUGGAUCUGUCCAAACUGAACAUGAUGAUGAACCAGGGCGAGGACGAGAGCAGCAAGCUGAGGGAGCGCUACUCUGUGGAGGAGAAGAAGAGGAACGACAGAGGCUUGAGGCUUAUCCAGAGAGAGGAGGAAGUCUGCAUAUUUUAUGAAAAAGUAAACAUUGAAGAACAAAUGAUAAGAAAUGGUAAUGUGGACCUACAAGCCAGAGAAGAGGAGAUUCGAUUCAUCAAGAUGGCUCUGAACGAGGAGAAGAGGAAGCAGGAGUUGCUAUGGAAACAGCUGCCCAACAAGAGGUCCCUGGAGGAGGAGUUGGUGACGCUCCAGAUCCAGUUACAGCAGUGUCAGGACCGGAUGUUAGAGCUGGAAAAACAGCUGGAGGAUCCGUACGAUGAGAGCCGGGUCCGCUAUCUGGAGGGGAAAGACCUGCCGCCCGCCAAGCUCCAGGACAAGAUCGAAGACCUUGAGGCUAGGCUAGCAGAAAAAGAGGAGCACUUGUUGGAGAAGGAUUUGAUAUUUGAACAAGUGAACCGCCUGGUGGACAGAGUAAAAAAUAAAGCAGAAGGAGGAAAGGAGGAUACGUUAGAACUCGCCAAGAAGGUUAACGAACUUCAAGCGAAAAUUAAAGAAACGACACGUAAAAUGAUGGCUUUAGUGUCUGAACUUUCAAUGAAUCAAGCGAACGCUUUAAAAUUACAACAAAAUCUAAAGGAGAAAGAGGCGGACUUAGAACAGUGCUAUAUUCGUAUGGAGAAAGGAGAGGCGCCUAGUGAUGAAAUUGCAGGGGAAUGGUUCAAGAUAUUACGAGACGAGGAUCGAAGAUCAAGAGACAAGGAAGAAAUCAGAAUGGCUGAGGAGGAGGAGGAACAGUACAAGAUCGCGGGCGGCGUGACCACCACCGCUGAACCACGACCAAACGCUUACAUCCCCGACGACGACAGUGAACUGCCAAUCCCGAGGCCUUAUGGGAAACACGCUCCCUUCAAACCGGCAGAAUCUGGAUCCACCAUGCGUCAUAUCAGAAAGCCAGUGCCUAAGCCUAUUGAGAUCUAAACAAUCUAAAAUGAACAUGUGUUAUUUAUUAUUAUUCAUGUGUAUCAAGUACUGUCAGAACAGUUGGCCUCAAGUGUUCAUUGGUAUAUUGUAUGGUGGUUUCCAACUUUGUCAAAACACACAGAUGUGUAGAAAUUGUACAUUGCCAAUUUUAAAAUAGAAAACUUGAACCACUUUGUACAGAAGUCUGCAUGCUAGUGAUCUUGAUGUAGAAAAUCAUGUACGUCAAGUCUGUGGUCUGUUCACUUCAGACAGAAAAAUGGACCAAGUGUUAAAGUCUCUUCAUAUUUGUUUUGAUGUUUGUGUAUAAAUCCAUUAAGGUAUGUACUGUGAUAUCUUAAUUUUAUAUUUUUUCUUCAAUGUUGAACAAUAAAACAUAAAAAUACC